AUGCUAACACAUACGUCAGCCGCUGCCCUGCUGACAGUUCUCGAACCAUUCCGCAUAGAACCUGCUGCAGUAGCAAUGAGUUGCUUGUCACUUGUUGGAUUAACUGGAGCAAUAAUAGAUUUGUUCUCUGCCCUGCCAGCUAUGUUGUCCAGAUUGGCAUCACCACCUUGGCGUCUACUUGCUCGGAGUCUUUUGUACGAGAGCCCCGAAUCUGGUAGUCCUGUACUUGCUAUAUUCGUUGCAGGAAGUCUAUGUGCAAUAUUAUCAUUUGCUUUCCCAAUCUACGUGCUGGUAAGGGUAUCAGCAGCUGGAGUAUUAAUAUCUGGAACGAUAUCAGCUUUAGAAGUAUUAUCAGCAGUACAUAAGCUGGCGCAUCCUAGUCCACAAGUACUAAAUGGUAAUAUUUUUAUUAUUAUGGCAGAUGAGCAUGGCACAUCCUACAGUUGCCUAAAUCAGCCUAAACCAUCUCAAGACAGGCGCGGACCUCUUUGGUUUCUUAGGCCGUCCGUAUCUUGUCCAGCUUUUGGAACAAAUAUGAACAGAACGCAUGAAAAUAAAAGAGAACGAGAACGAGAAUGGUUGCUACUGGGCGAGCCGUCUUCCCCGCUAAGUCCGACUUGCCCGGAAAGUCCGAACCGAGACGCGCGUAGCCCCUUCUCGAGUCCGGAGCUUUUAGAAUCGGCCUUGGUAUCGGGGGCUGAUCGGCACAGCGACUCCACAGAUAUAGAUGCAGCCGUUGACGAAUAUAAACAGGAUGUUUCAAUUUUGCAACCGAUUGUCGAAACCAAAGCUCCUACAACAGCCACAUGGAGAAGAUCAGUAGUACUUAUAACUUGUGUAAGUUGUGUUAGUGCCAUUUUUGCAACUGCAGUAAUUCUGGAGAUGACAGAAGCUGCGAUCUCAUUUUCUAUAGUAUUGAUAUUUAUAACUGGUCUGUUUUGGUGGAUUCCACGUCGCCCUUCUGAAGGUUUUGCAACAUGUGCCGCAAUUACAGUAAUAAUAAUAUCGAUUCUGCUAAUUGCUGAAAUUAUGCCAGAUACUUGGCCUGCUAUAACAAUAUGGAUUACUGCAGGUACUUACUACUUACAUAAAUGA